UUAUUCAUCAAUAUUCUAUGAUUGUUAAACGCACUAAGAUAAUUCGUAAACAUGGCUGCUGCUCUAAAAGCAAGAAAAUAUUUCGGUUCUGUUGUGCGUUAUAGUGACCGUGAGUUGUUGGCCUAAAGAGUCAACUUUUUUCUUACAUUUUUCCCACAAUGUCCAACCCACACUACCAGAAUGCUUCACCAACUGCAGUCCCAUCAGCUGCUGCCGGGGCCUCGGACACCCAGUGUGCCUUUGGCGUUGGUCAAGACUCGGGAGGGGACGGAGUGGAGGGUGAAGAUCAGGAGGAGGAGUCUUCAAAUGAGAAAGAAGACGGAGAUGGACCCAGUGCAGAGGAUGCUCUUACCAUCUUUAGAGACCAGUGGCAGCGUGAGUUGGGGGCACAGCCCCAGAAGAAAAUGAAUGAUGCAUUCGCUGGGGAGAAACUAUCAGAUAAUAAAGCAGACACGUACAUGGACAAGGCCAAGACUUUAUUCCUGCAGGGUGUGGAGAACGAGCGGAAUCGGAAGUUCUACGAAGCGAUACAGUGCUACCGGCGGGCUGUGCAGCUCGUCCCAGACAUCGAGUUCCAGCUGUACGAAGCGAGCAAGCCGAAGAUGAGGGAGCGACAGGAUGCCACAACUGCUGAAGAAGAGCUGGAGACAAGCCUGGAGCACGGCAGCGACGGUAACGCCAGCACCGACGAGGAGGAUGAGGAGGAGGAGGGGAAGGAUGGCUCCCUCCUGUCCCGUCUGCUGCGCAUCUUCAGUCGCUGCCGGUGCACUUGCAUCCCACAGACAGAACAGAAGACUACUCACAUCUCUGCGUUGCCUUUUGAGAUUCUGCUGUACAUACUCCGCUGGGUGGUGUCUUCAGAGCUAGAUAUCCGCUCUCUGGAACAGUGUGCGGGCGUCUGCCGAGGUUUCUACCUCUGCAGCAGAGACGAGGAGAUAUGGAGGUUGGCUUGUGUCAGAGUGUGGGGUGUACAUUGUGGAGGGCUGACAAACUACGAGUCAUGGCGCCGGAUGUUCAUUGAUCGACCACACUUGCAGUUCAAUGGUUGCUACAUCAGCAAGACCACAUACAUUCGACCGGGAGAGAACAGCUUUCGAGAUCAAUUUUAUCGAUCUUGGCAUGUGGUGGAGUAUUAUCGUUAUCUCAGGUUCUUCCCGGAUGGGCUGGUGCUGAUGCUCACCACCCCCGACGAGCCGGCCACCAGUCUGCAGCAGCUUCGCUACCGCAUGCCGCGCAACCCCACCGUGCUCUCGGGGCACUACCGCCUGCACGACGACUGUGUCGUCAUCGCGCUCCAGCGACAGAACCUGUCCGGGAACAACCGCUACCGCGCACGUCGCAGAGAGGCGGCUCCCGAGCUCGCCGAGCAAACCUUCAACAUAGAAUUAAAGAUUAUGAAUCAUCGCCACCGCAUGAACGUCCAGCUGGCAUGGCAAUUCUACUCUGUGUACGUGCAGUACAGGAACGGCCAGGGAAGUUCCACCAAGUUUGAUCUUCCGGCCAGUCGCUACCCGCCGUUCUGGUUCUCUCGCGUCAAGAGCUACGGAGCUGUGUCGGAGAGCCCCCUGCAGUGAUGGGGGGUGAAACGGGGGUCUGUAUUCUGCGUCGGAGGUACCACUCUUUCCCUCUCUCGGGUCAGCCUUCUCUAACUGUAUGUUCUGUUCAAAUACUGUUGUGUGUCCGUUGUCAGCUAAGCAGUUCAUAUUUUCACUUUUGGAAGUUGUAUUAUGAGUGUUGGAAGUAGUCACAGUAAUUAUGAUACAACAAUGUAGAAAUAUUUUAGUGCUUGUCUUUGUUUUAGACCCAAUUAAUACAUAACUGUAAUCUGAUCAACUGUUGUUUUGUGAUGCUUUCGCGGUUCUUUUUGAUUUGUGUAUUGUGAUCUUUACUUUGUACUUGGUAGUUCUCAAAGAGGCAUUGAGAAUUUCCACAGUUAGUGUAGCUCACAAUUGUCAAAUGUUAUGCCAUAAUUAUGAUUGAAAAAAUAUUUCAUAGUUUCUAAAAGUCUUGGUUACUUCGGGUAGUAAAAAGGAUGUGGAAUAAUUACUGUGACUCAUUAGUGAAAUGUAUCAGUGUAUCAGUUUUUAAGAAAUCUUUUAUGUCUGCCAAAUAUUUUUGGAAAUAAGUAAUAUGCAACAUGAAAAGCAGUAUUGGAGUGAUGAAAAUGAAGUUAUGGUUUUACAAAACAAUUACUAGGCUGCUGAUUUGACAACCUGACUAAAUGAUUCAUAUAAAUUGUUUCACUGUUUUUCUCAUAAAAAUUAUUUAUUAUUCACUAAUUUUAUUUAAAAAAAAGAAACACUAAGAACUCUAAAUGACAGAAUUUUACUAUCUAUUUGUAAUUUCUUUGAUGUGUGUAAAUGUUAUACAUAGAUUGUAACUUAUUUUAUUUUCAUAAUGAAUUUGAUUGUUAAGUUUGAUAAGUUUAUUUUCCAUCCAGCCUUUAACUGGGUAUUAUAAAAUUAACUUUUUGGUGAUUAGUGAAAUCAGCCAUAGUAAUUCAUCCUGUAGGGAUUAUUAGCUGUAGAUUUGUGGCUGAAAUCUAGUAGUGUAAGUAAUUAUGCUGUAGUCUUUGCAUUAUCUACCAAGCUUGUGUGUCCCUUGAUGUGUAAAAUAAGAAAGAGCACAACUAACUUGCAUGGCAAGAAUAUUAGUCUUAGAAUAUUUAUUUCUUCGUGUUACAUAUGGGUCUAAGAAUGCAACGGUCAGCGUGACCAAUACUCAUGUAACUGGGCGUGUUCCCGUGGCUGCCUCGCCAAGACGCAGUCAAGAUGGUGGUGAGCACCAAAGAGCACAGAGAAGGGGCUUCGUACCAUGUGUCAGGGUCCUAGCGAGGCAGGCAACCCAUUUGCACUCCACAGUAGCUUUAGUGCAGUUUUCAGUAGUGCUUUGCGAGUCAUCUAGCGUGUGGUUUUCCUUCACAAGCUUUAGGUUAUAGAUAUGAACAUUACUGUAAUCCUGUUGUCAGUCUUUGCAGUUUAUUCCACUAGAUCAUUCAGAAAUGAAUCUUGAACAUAUAUUAAUAAUAUCGAACUUAGUAAACAGUAAUGAUGAAUAAUGAUUAUGAUAAAUUAAACUCUCAAUGUAUAUAGAGAGUUACAGGAUUGAAUUUAAAGAUUGCACAUAAUUAUAAUACUAGCUAGCUAAAUAAAUGUAAGGUUAUAUUCUCAAUUGAACCAUUAGAUUUGUGUGUUUGACCUUAUUUUAGCUUUGAUGAUAGCCUACCGGCAUGGGGAAUAUGGUUGAAAAUAUAUUGACAUAAUUAAUUAAAAGAUAAUAUAUUAUAAACCUGUUGAAGAGUUAUAAAGAAUUUAACUUUUAAAAUAUUUCCUGCAUGCAUUGUACUUUUGAAAGUGUUGAAAACAGUUGUCAUCGGUGAAGCAGGUAAUAUACUUCAUUAUCCUGAUGAACGUUCCAGCGUGACGGGCAAUAACUUCUCUUGCCAGUUGUUAAACCUGCACCAGUCCUUGACACCACCUGAUUAUGUAUGUCUGAGGGCUUUAACAAUACUAAAUACUGUAUAAUUUAAACCAUGUAGUAUUUUUACUUGAUACCAAGUGAAUUAUCACCAUAUUUACAGUUAUUUAGUAUGUCACACACUUUUUAAUACAUAAUUUAAAUUCAACGGUGGUGUGUGUGUAGUAUUAUCGCAGAGGAGGAAGUGAACAAAAGUUGGUGCCUUGUGGCAAGAAUCUGAUUGCCGGACUGGAGAGUUGAUAAUAAUCUAUCAGGGUGGUGUGAAGGCGCAGUGACAUAGUGCCAUGCAGUAUGAAACAUGUUAGAGUAGGUUGUGUAGCUGUUAGUACAUGUUUAAGACACCUAGUGGUGUUGAGGUCAUGCAGGGGCCUACAAGUGACAUUCAUAGCAUGUAAGUUUUUUAAUCCACAUCACCAAAAAUUGUGGAGAAGCCUUUUUAUGUAACUUUUUGGUGUUAUUUUUGUAGUCAUAAUUUGCUGUACUGUAUUUGACAGAGUUGGGUAAGUUUCUCUGUAUUCCCUUGUGUUACUUUAAUUUGUGGGGUUGGUUCUCUUUUCGUGUUUUAAUGUUGUGUACUUAAGUUUGACAUUUUAGUGUUAGAGUGUUGUGAACUUUACCCGAGUGUGUUGUAAUGUAGUUUGCAAGCUAGCAGAAGACUUGUAUCAGACAUGCUUAAGCUUGCAGCAUAGUCUACUGUUUAGGUAUGUACUUAAGUCUUUACUGUCUUGCAACAGUAUAAACUUGCAUGAAGCACACAUGUUUCAAAUGUAAAUAGGGAUAGUGAAUAGUAGAGUAUAAUUUAUGGUUAAACAUAGGCUAGUGUUUUGUGAUGAUAUUUUUUCCACUAUAUGGUAUGUGAUUAAGAAUAAACAAAAAAAAAUUCAUUAAAGAUCAGCUUUGGGUGAGAUGUGUGUAUUUUUUUUCUUUUUGGUUGAUAUUUCCUGCAUAAGUUUAUAAUGUUAAACUUGUUUUUUCUGAUGUAGUGUGACUUCAUCAGUAUUUAAUUGCAAAAUAUUGUUAUAUUUUUGUUAAAGUAUGUUGUAUAGUGCAUCAAACUGCCAUUUUUAAUCAAUCUAGAAGCAUUCAGAAAACAUUUUGAAUUUCAUACCUCUUUCCAAAACUGUUCUUUGUAAAAAAAAAGUUUUAAGUGAACAUCAAGGGAUGAAAUUAUUAAAGACAUUAAAUUUUUCUAAUACAUCAGUACACUUUAUCUGUACAAAUAAAUAAAAGGGAAGUGUAUGUGGUGGUUAUUAAAGUGAUUAUGUUACUGGUGGUUGUUUUGAGUGCGUGGAAGACGCAAGAGCAGGCAGCGCUGUGUAGCGCAUGUGAUCUACACUGACUGAGAGUUAUUGCUCGGCAUGCACACCGAAGAGGGUGAGCGACUGUCGCUGCUUGUCAGAUGUCGACUGACUUAUGGUUAUUAUUGCUGUUACGAUCACCACCACAACUCCUGUAUUGGGAUUAUAUUGUUAGCUCUUGAAACUGUUGUACUGGCAUCAAAAGGCACAUUAAAAGGAAGUAUUAAAGUUGACCACAA